AUGUUUGUUCCAAGAGCGCUCAGGCUCAAGGGCGUCCGCGAGAAACCGCGGCCCAAGCCUGCCCAAUCUGCCCCCAAAGCACCAGUCACGGGUGACCAAGACGAUGCGCUGGUCGAGGCGAUGCAGAAGACAAGAACCAGCUCACCUACUAACCAGCCAGAACAGACUGACCUCAAAGCUACCAAGCCUGGUCCCAGAUUUACCACCAAGCCUGUCACGCCAGAGUACGUUGGCCAGCUUGCUGCCGGCAUCGAGCUCAUCUUCACCGACUAUGCCCACCAGGAAGAGCAGCGCGCCAAGUGGCUGCAGGACCGUUACAGAACCGUCGAUGGCGAGGAGAAGUACAUCCACCUCACCGCCAUCCUCGAACACCCCAACAUCUCCUCCCUAAAGCCCGAAGCCUCCCAGAUCCUCCUUCAGCAAGCACUCCACGAUCAUCCCUCCGACAUGCUGGAACUCUCGAGCAAUGGCUACCACGUCCGCCGCAAGCCCUCGUCGUAUCCUCCCAAAUACCUACCCCGCCGUUCCUUCGAAGUCACCGAUGACGAGGGCCUAGCAUUCUGGGACCAACGGACAAUCUACGUCGAACCACACCUACGCAACAUCUGCCCUACACCAGCAAAGGUAGCAUACUGGCUUGCGGAGCAUGGCGAGUUGCGGCCCAAGUGGCUACCCAUACAAGCAGUCCAUACACUGUGGAACAGCUGCGCUUUCGUUGUCCUCGGCGGAAGUGUAAUGCACGACGAUGUCUGGCAUAAGUGGCGAGACGCAGACAAGCCUGGGAACUGGAAGAUCAUGACCAAGGUGGAGCAUACCAAACGCACCGCUGAAUACGUUGCGCUACUUGAGGCACAGAACCCUAGAGGAAUGCGCAAAACUAUGGUCAACGACAGCGAGCUGCCUCCAAUCGCGCAACCAGCAGUGCUUCCGAUGGCGUACACAAUCGAAGCUCCUCGUUCCAAGACCGCUCAGCCACCCGUCAAGCAUAAGCGGAAGAGGCGAAAACCAAAGAAGGCCGGCAAACCCGCUGGUGGAGGCGAAGUCGAUGGGGAUGAUGCUGAGGCUGCCCAUGAUGAGCCGAGUGCAAAACGCAGAGGUUGA